GGCCGACGAAGAAGGUUUUUUUGUUAUAAUCGUUUUGAUUGGAAUUGCAACGUAUGAUGUCUGCGUCAAUUUUUGCCAAUGUGCCUAAAGGACCGGCAAUUGAAGUCUUUGCCUUGACAAGAGCUUUUCAGGAUGAUGCAUCCACCAAAAAAGUCAACUUGUCUGUGGGUGCUUACAGAACGGAUGCUGGUCAGCCGUGGGUGCUUCCGGUUGUGCGCAAAACGGAAGUGGGAAUCGCGACAGAUGAGUUAAUUAAUCAUGAGUAUUUACCAGUGACGGGACUCGAAUCGUUCACACGUGCUGCAACAGAAUUGGUAUUGGGCUCGGAUUCAAAAGCAUUAAAAGAGAAGCGUGCCUUUGGUGUGCAAACCAUAUCCGGCACUGGUGCGCUGCGUGUAGCUGCUGAAUUUUUACACCAUCAACUGAAACGGCAAACAGUCUACUAUUCCAAUCCGACAUGGGAGAAUCAUCAUAAGAUUUUCGCCGAUACCGGCUUUACCAAACUGCAUUCAUAUCGUUAUUGGGACCAAAACAAACGGCAGCUGGAUUUGGAGGGCAUGCUGGCUGACUUAGACCAGGCGCCGGCAGAGUCUGUAAUUAUCUUACAUGCGUGCGCACACAAUCCCACUGGCAUGGAUCCCACCCAGGAGCAAUGGAAACAAAUUGCUGACCUGAUGGAGCGUAAAAAGCUGUUCCCACUGUUUGACUCAGCAUACCAGGGCUUUGCUAGCGGUGAUCCCGAUCUGGAUGCCUGGGCGAUACGUUACUUUGUAGAUCGCGGAUUUGAACUUUUUGUCUGCCAAUCGUUCGCUAAGAAUUUUGGAUUGUAUUGCGAGCGAGCUGGAAACUUGACGAUAGUCCAGCAGAGCGGUGCUACCAGAGACAUGAUCCAUUCGCAGCUAACGCUAAUCAUUCGCGGUCUCUACUCAAAUCCACCAGCGUAUGGAGCUCGCAUUGUGUCCAAAGUAUUGAAUACGCCUGAACUACGUCAAGAGUGGAUGGAGUCUAUCAAAAGUAUGUCCAGCCGUAUUCGCCAGAUGCGUAAACUACUGCGAGAUAAACUUGUUGCGCUGGGAACUCCUGGAAACUGGGAUCACAUUGUCAAUCAAAUUGGCAUGUUCUCCUACACGGGUCUUAAUGAGAAGCAAGUCGGCGUCCUGAUCAAAGAUUACCAUAUUUACUUGCUCAAAACGGGCAGGAUUAAUAUGUGCGGCCUUAACACGGGCAAUAUUGACUAUGUGGCGACAGCUAUUAAUGCAGCUGUCACAUCCACUCCAGAGAAUAAAUUAUAAUUGUUUUCCGUGCGAGGCGAACUAAAAAAACACACAAUUUCAAUAAUUUGAAGCAGAACGUGAUCGCAAUUAAAAAUGUCUACCGAAAUAAAGAUAUUGACGAGUUAAUUAUGCAUGCAUUAAAAAAUAGCAUUUUAUAGAAUUAAAAAAAUUGUAUUAAAUAGCUCAACUUAGCAUUUAUAAAAAAU